ACGCGAAUCACUUGUUCAAACACGGACCACUUGUCCGGACGUACUUUCAGUCGAAUGUCUGUUGAAUAACCAACGUCAAACCAACUUCACCGCGGUCCAGGGACCUACCGUAGAUCUACGUGCAUUUCUACUUCACAUAGUGAAUUGAUACAUCUGAACUAACUGAUCAGCUUCUGUCCGGUGGCACGAUGAGUGCUGAAAAAUACCCCAGGUCUUCAAUUGAAGACGACUUCAACUAUGGCACGAACGUUGCGACAGCCAGUGUUCAAAUCCGUAUGGACUUCCUGAGGAAGGUGUACACCCUCCUGAGCCUGCAGAUCAUUCUGACCACAGCCACUUCUGCAGUCUUCAUGUUCUCUCAAACCAUCAAGGAUUUUGUCCACUCCAGCCCUGCUGUGGUUCUAGUGUCGGCACUGGGAUCUCUGGUUCUCCUGUUGGCUCUGGCCAUGUACAGGCAUCAACAUCCUGCAAACCUCUACCUGCUGUUUGCAUUUACUCUGUUGGAAGCAGUUUCAGUGGCCACAGCUUUGACCUUCUAUGAAUACUCGACCGUACUGCAAGCCCUGUUUCUGACUUGUGCUGUGUUUGCUGGACUGACAGCUUACACCUUCCAGUCCAAAAGAGACUUCAGCAAAUUGGGAGCAGGACUGUUUGCCUGCCUGUGGAUCCUCAUCAUUGCAAGCUUCAUGAGAUUCUUUUUCAACAGUGACAGUACAGAGCUGGUGUUUGCCGGAGCCGGGGCCCUGGUCUUCUGCGGCUUCAUCAUCUAUGACACCCACCUCCUGAUGAAGCAGCUCUCCCCCGAGGAACACAUCCUGGCUUCCAUCAACCUCUACUUGGACAUUGUCAACCUCUUCUUGCACAUCCUGCGUGUGCUUGACUCUAUGAAAAAGCACUAAAGGCAGCGCCACUUUAAACUGCCUCAUAAGGCUGUUAGUCACAACAGGCCAACUGGAAACAGGUGUGUAUUCUGUGGUCAACUGAUUGUUCUUUUGUAUUACGAUAUACUGUGCAGUAAAUCAGUGAUAGUUAUUCCAAACCAAAAUGUAAUUAUGUGACAACUUGGACUGUGCAUUGCUUGAUUUAAAUGGACAACUAGCGCCCCCCACCUGCUUACAUGCUCCUGUCCUAAUUGUUUUUUCACUUUCCCAAUGUAUGUUUAAAGCUGUUUGAUGGCGGCGUUCUAUAGUUAUAAUUAAAAGAAUUUAUUAUGAAAAUGUUUUUAUUGUUAAAUGCUCAGAUUUGUUCUACCUACAAAUCCACCUGUCUUAUACUGUUUUUUUUUUCUUUUUAAUAACUAUUGCAUGGUUGUAUCUAUUAGCCUGUCUGUACAUAAUUUAUAUGGUGUAAAUGUUCAAUAAAUCUGGAGUUAACAUCUGACGUUAAUGAAGACCUUAAAUGUUUUUUGACUAACAUGUCCUCCAUUGGAUAUAGUUUGCUUUUAUGAGGGAGUUUUAGUUUUACUGCUAUAUAAAUAACUUGUAUGAUGUGAAGUUGACUCUUUGUUUUCAACUGGACCAAUUAGAAAUUCUUAGUUUGUCAUUGAGGUUAUCCUAAUUAUGAUGUGAUGAUUUAUUUGUGUGUAUAUAUAGGAUUUUCACAGGACUUUGUGUGACAGUUAUUUGCUGAAAAAUAAUAAAGUAACAACAACUGUUA